UCAACACAGCCUUUAAGUUUCCAAACAUCUGCUAGAAGAGGAAUGCAGAUUUAAACUGAGUGAGGUGUGGAGUGGGGGAAGUUCACGGGGCCUAGACUAAAGAACUCUGUGGAACUUGCCCAGACCACUGCACGCAUCAGACCUACGGUGAAUAUUGCAGGCCUGAAGAAAGCACCUUUUCUACUGCCAUGACAACCAUGCAAGGAAUGGAACAAGCCAUGCCAGAGGUUGGCCGAGGUGUGCCCCAGCUGGGAAAUGUGGCUGUCGUACAUUCGUAUCUGUGGAAAGGGUUGCAAGAGAAGUUUUUGAAGGGGGAACCCAAAGUCCUUGGGGUUGUGCAGAUUCUGAUUGCUCUGAUGAGCCUUAGCAUGGGAAUAACAAUGAUGUGUAUUGCAUUUAAGACUUAUGGACCUCGCCCCAUUACUCUGUAUAUUGGGUACACAAUUUGGGGGUCAGUGAUGUUUAUUAUUUCAGGAUCCUUGUCAGUUGCAGCAGGAAUUAGAACUACAAAAGGCCUGGUCCGAGGUAGUCUGGGAAUGAAUGUCACCAGCUCUGUAUUGGCUGUAUCAGGGAUCUUAAUCAACGCAUUUAGCUUGUAUAUUUAUUCAUUCCAUCACCCUUACUGUUACUUCUUUGACAAGCCAAAUGAUUGUCACGGGACUCUGUCCAUUUUGAUGGGUAUGGAUGGCUUGGUGCUCCUCUUAAGUGUGCUGGAAUUCUGCAUUGCUGUGUCCCUCUCUGCCUUUGGAUGUAAAGUGAUGUGUUGUAACCCCGGUGGGGUUAUGUUAAUUCUGCCACCAAAUUCUCACAUGGCAGGAACAGCAUCUCCUGCUCCACUUAAUGAGGUUUGAUGCCACCGAAAGAGCAACAGAAAAAUGCUCCAGAAAAUCUAUGCUGACUGUAACACAAGAACCCCACAUGAGAAAAUACCAGAAUCCAACUCUGAUACUGAUAGACAUAUUGAUAUCAUUAUUAUAUGUAAUCCAAUUAUAAAAUGUGUGCGUAUAUAUAGAGAGAUAAUAAAUUCAAAAUUAUGUUCUCAUUUUUUCCCCUGGAACUCAACAACUCAUUUCCCUGGCUCUUUAUCAGAGUACUAGAAGUUAAAUAAAUAAUGCAUUUAAUGAGGCAACAGCCCUUGAAAGUUUUUCAUUCAUUAUAAGAUCUUUCUAUAAAGGCAUUACAUUGGCAAAUAAGAUUUGGAAGCAGAAGAGUAAAAAAGGUAUGGCUAAAAUGAGGCCUGCAUGCAAAACACAUACUUCUGCUCCCCUGUAUAAUAUUCCUCUCAUUUAUUUAACUUCGUUUUUCGUCCACCUAUGGGGACCAAAGUGCUUUUUCCUUCAGGAAGUAGAGAUGCUUGUAGACAGCACCUUGAAAUAGCACAGACUGUCCCUGCAUCUGCACAAGCUAUCAUUUGAGUAAAAGCACUGAUGAAGUAAAAAUCGUAUUAAGGAUCAGAUUCAUCUUAUAUUUUCUAUAUCUUCUCUUCUUUUCCCUUCUCCCACCUUUUACUGUGCAGACUUAUAUCUUAACUGAAUUUGUAUCCUGUGCCAUAUAUGGAAUUGUGCAACAUAUGGUAUUUUUAAAUAUAUUUUUAAUUGCAGAGCAAAAAUAAAUACAAUUAGAA